AUGGGCUCUCCCGAAAAGACAUCACUAUGGCACUCCUUCUCAUCCAGCCAUCGGAAAGAGCGGAAAGAGCGCAAAGAGCGCAAAGAGCGCAAAGAAGGGGCAACCACACCAACACAUUUUCCAUCAUGGUCCCGAGGCCGCACCCAUAGUUCCAAUACAUCAAAUUUCACAGAGAAGCAAUCAUCAGACCUUCCACCACCAUACGUGGAAGCAGCAACCCCCACAAUCAGAAUCAGCGCCCCCGAAGAACCAGAAUCCGAUUCCCAGUACGCCUUCCUCGGCAACUUCCACACCAUCUUCCUGGUAGAUGACAGCUCAAGCAUGAGAGGCGAACUGUGGGAAGAAGCCAAAGGCGCGAUCGCGGCGAUCGCGCCAGUCUGCACAAAAUAUGACAGCGAGGGAAUCGACAUCUACUUCAUCAACCACCGACCAAAGUCGAGCAUCAACUCCAACUACAACUACACCCACGGCUCCAGCCGACGUCCAAACCUCGAUGCGGGCGGAUACCACAACAUCCGAACCGCGCAACGAGUAAGCGAGAUCUUCUCCUCCGUCAGACCUUCUGGCGGGACAGGAGUUGGCAGUCGACUGUUUGAUAUCCUGGACCCGUACACCAAGCUGGUGGAAGCAAAGGAGACAGAGAAAAGACGAGUGCAAAAGGACGCGUCUGGUCCGGGCUUCUUGGUUAAGUCGGUAGAGGCGGCGGAGCCGGUUAAGCCAAUUAAUAUCAUCACGAUUACGGAUGGAGUGUUUACGGAUGAUGCGGAGAGCAUUAUUAUUAAGACGGCUCAGAUGCUGGAUGGGCCUUCUUGUCGUGCGAUUCCAUGGCAGGUUGGGAUUCAGUUUUUCCAGAUUGGGAAUGAUGAGAUGGCUCGGCGGUACUUGGAGGAAUUGGAUGAAGAGCUUGGGGAUCGGUGUAAUAAUUUGCACAUGAGGGAUAUAGUUGAUACUGUUUCUUGGAGAAAUCGGGCUGGGAAGCGGUUGGAAGGGGAUGGGAUUUUGAAGAUUGUGCUUGGGGCUGUUCAUAAGAGGUUGGAUAGGAAGAAGGUUGGAUAG